UCUCAAUAGCAGACGACACACAUUCGCCCCCGUUAGAAAAGUAGAAAAGAAUUCAAAACCCUAGUCGUCGUUUGUGUUAGAGACUCAAAUUUGUUGUGGUGACAACACACUUCGAACGGCGUCAAAGCCAGGCUUUUUUUUAUUAUUAUUUAUUCGGUGCCUAAAUUUUGUCUUGCUUACCGGUGAAAGCUUGCUUACCACUUCAUCGCUCUGUGUUGCUAGACGUAGCAAGGGGGAUCACUCGAUGAUCUUGUGUGGUCACAGACCAGCUGUGUAUGUAGAUCACACCAGAUCAUAUUGUGCGCGUCUUCUUUCACUUCCGAGGAACUUGCCGCAGAGCCGGCUUGGAUAUUUCGCUGAGUGUUUUAUUGCGAGUAAGCCAGUCUUUGAGCAUCAACCGUCUACACAGUGAACCAAGCGGAAGGAAAGGGCAUCAGAGUUCACUCACACCCAAGACGUGAGAAUGCCCAAUACGAGGAUGUAUACAGCCUUGGAGCAUGAGCGAGCUUAUCGCCUCCAUAAGGAGAAGGUGGGCGGCGUGCGGUCAAGGGUAGACAAUUCACCUCCUCGACAAUACCCACAUCUCAACCUACGCUUGAAACAGCUGGAGCUUCAAGAACAAAGAAAUGCCACUAUCGACCGAGAGAACAAACUGCUUCUACGAAAAAUGCAGGAAAUCAUGGAAGCGAGGGAGACGACAAGCAAUCAAAAAGGGAAAAAAGAAAGAGAAAUCAAAAGGAGGACAAGUAUGAGUCUGACUUCGACACAGAGAGCGACGACGAGAAAGACAGACAGAGACGGAAGGGGGACAAACUCCCGCCCAUCAACUCGGCCCAAAGUCAGAAACAUGGAAAAGGAAAUGAAACAAACCGCUCCAAGGGCGAUGGACAAGACACCCAAAGAUCAAAGGGCGCAGGCCGCCAGAGCCCGAGGCAGUCUAGUCCACGCCCAUGGGAGCACCAGGAGCGGAAGUGGGAGUAUAAAAGCCCGGAUCCUGACCUCUGGAUGUAUUACGGCUUCCGGCCGAAGGACUCAGACGAUGAAGAGGAAGACCGCUCCCCCAGGAAAGACAAGACCAAGGGAGGAAAGAAAGACGAUCGCACUCAGGGGAAAGAUGUCAACAACACUACAGCUGAGAAGGACGGUGGCAAGGAGAGCGCGGAGAAGCAGGCGGAGAAUGAUGCCAGACAGCUCUACAAGGUCGCAAAGGAAAACGCACCUGCACACGAAAUCCUCAUCAAGACACUGGCAAAGAAAUCCUUCAAACAACGAAUGAAGACCAAGGAUAAGUACAGGGAAAUGUACGAGCAGGACUUAGAGUCUGAUUUGAAGAAAGGGCUUGGGAACGAGUGGUCGUUGCUCAUAGAAUCUCUUCUGAAUGAUCAAAACGAAGGACAAUCGGAAGGAGUUGCCAAAGCCAUGAAGAGUGGAGACCCGGUGGCUUUGGUGAAGAAAGUGGCACCUCUUAGCAAUCAGGAACUAUCAGACCUCAAAGAGGAGUAUCUCAAAGAGAACUCUAUCAGCCUGGAGAGCGACAUCUCCAAGAAGUACAAGAACCCGGUCCAACUGUUUCUCCUCACGCUGGUCAAGGGAAACAAGAGUGAGAAGGAGGAAGUCAGCGAGAAGACAGCUGAGAAGGAUGCCAAGGCUUUGUAUGAGUUUGGCGACGGCAGAUGGACGUCGAAUAAAGGCAAGUUCAUCCUGCUGCUGGAAGAGAAGUCUCCAUCAUACAUGCGCAGUGUGUUUGAGCAAUACAAGAACGUGAACAAAGGCAAGGCUGCGGCUAAGGCCGUGCAGGAAGAAUGUCCCAAAGACUAUGCACAAGUCGUGACUGCUUACAUCAGCUGUACAGAAUCAGCGGGCUCUGAAACUGCAGACAAUUUGCACAAAAACCUUGACCCGACGAACCCGGUCUUUGUGAAAACAGUUGUUGCCAAAUCUGACAGCGAUAUCCCUAAGGUGAGGAAGGAGUAUAAAAAGAAGUUCGGCAAGGACCUGGCUGAAGAUCUAGAACAGAAAAGUGAUCACACGACGAUUCCCGUCCUGAAAGUGCUCAUCAAUAAAAAUCCUAAAGGAAAGGGAGGCAAAGACAAAGAUGACACGCGUCGAGGUGAGAGUGAAGGACAAGGAAAGAGUGAGGACGAUGCUGAGGAAGAGAAGUUCGAUCCUGACGCUGAUGCAGAAAAGCUGCACAACGCCGUGAAGGGGCUGGGAACUGACGAAGACGCAAUCAUUAACAUAAUCCCUUGCAGAACAAAUGCGCAGAGGCAGGAAAUCAAGAAACGAUACAAAGAGUUAUACAAGCAGCUUUACAACAAAGACAUAUCUGAGUCUAUCAAGAAGGCAUCAUCUGGUGACUCUGAAGAAGCCUACCUGGCAGUCGUGAAAUCUCAGGAUGACAAGGUUACCUUCUACACAGAAAGACUAAACAGUUCAGUCAAAGGCUUGGGCACAAAUGAGAAACAGCUGACCAGAAUCAUUGUGUCUACGUCAGAGGGAGAUUUGCCUGCUAUACAAAGCAAGUACAAGGAAAUGUAUGGCAAAUCACUGAAAGAUGAAGUGCAGGAUGAAACAAGUGGUGAUUACAGAAAGACUCUUCUAAAACUCAUUGGUUCCCAUGGAGGAGAUGAGAAAAAGGACAACAAAGCAGGGAAAGAUGCAAAGCAGAAGAAAGGUGGUGGAAGAGCUAACUCUCCCAAAAAAGAAGAUUCAAAGACAACAAAGCGAGAGGGCACAAAGACAUCAAACAAAGGUGACACCAAGGAAACCAAGAGAGAAGAUACAAAAUCUGUGAAGAAAGAGCAGCCACUAGCACAGAAAAAGGCAGCAGCCAAAUCCCAAACCCAGCAAGAUCAGGGCAAGACAAAGAGAGAGGAUUCCCAAGCAAAGGAAGACAAAUCUGCAAAGAAAGGAGAGAAAAAUGAAGCCACUGCAAAGAAAGGGGAGAAAAGUGAAGUGGCUGCGAAGAAAGAUGAAAAGAAGGGUACUGACAAAGGUAAAAAAGACAAAAAAGGGGAUGAGAAAGAGUCAAAGAAAGAUAAGGAAGAGGAAACGAAAGACAAGGCAGAGAAGGAAAAGAAUCAGGAUGAGGAAAAAGAUGAAGAUGAGGACGCCACACGUCUGUACAAAGCUAUGAAAGGUCUGGGUACUGAUGAGGACACCAUCAUUGACAUCAUCCCCAGUAGAUCUAAUGCUGAGAGACAACAGAUUAAGAAGAGAUACCAGGAACUCUACAAGAAGGACCUUGAAAAAGAACUGAAGUCGGAGCUGAGUGGUGACCUUGAGGAGGUCAUCCUAGGACUGAUGAUGCCCCCAGUAGAGUAUGACGCCUUCUGUCUAUAUGAGGCCAUGAAAGGCAAAGGCACAGAUGAGGCUGCUCUCAUUGGUAUCUUGUGCUCCAAGACUCCAGCAGAGAUUGAUGAGAUCAAAGGGGUCUACAAGAAAGCUUACAAGACGGACCUGGACAAAGAUGUCAAGAGUGACACCAGCGGAGACUUCAGAGACUUGUUAGUGCAGAAGGUCAGCGGUCAAGGUGAUGAGGACUCAAAGGUGGAUCAAGAGAGGGCGGAGAAGGAUGCAAAAGCUUUGCAUGAUAACCCAAGCAAAGAUACAGCUAAACAAGCAUUUUCCAUGGCAAGCCUGACCCAGGUUAAGGCUACAGCUGCUGCCCAUGAAGAAUUGUUUGGUGAAGACAUUACAGAGUCCAUCAAGAAAGCAAGUUCUGGAGAUGCUGAGGAUGCCUACAUAGCCUUGGUGAAAUCCCAAGAUAGUCUCACAGAGUUCUAUGCUCAGAGACUUAACAGUUCCAUGAAAGGUUUUGGUACCAAUGACUCUCAGCUUAUCAGGAUUCUGGUCUCUCGCUCUGAACUGGACCUCCCUGUCAUCAAGGGAGAGUACCAACAACUGUACAGCAAUUCUUUGAGAAAGGAUGUGGAGAGUGACACAAGUGGAGACUACAGAAAAGUUCUUCUCAAAAUCAUAGACAACUGCGGAGAAACAAAACCCAAAUCCAAACCCAAGAGUACCAAGAAGAAACAAACCACAAAGAAGAAAGAAGAACCCAAACAAGCAGAACAGAAAGAAACCAAGAGAGCCGUAAUUGCACCAGUGAAAGCAGAAGGAAAAGAUGACGCUAAAGGCAAAGAUAAAGACAAAGAUGCCAAAACAGAUAAAGACGAGAAGAAGGACAAGAAAGGAGGGAAGUCUGAGCAAAAAGAGGAUGAGAAACAAGAUGAUGAUGAAGAUGCAACCCGCUUGUACAAAGCUAUGAAAGGUCUGGGUACUGAUGAGGACACCAUCAUUGACAUCAUCCCCAGCAGAUCUAAUGCUGAGAGACAACAGAUUAAGAAGAGAUACCAGGAACUCUACAAGAAGGAGCUGGAGAAAGAUCUGAAGUCUGAACUGAGCGGUGACCUAGAAGAAGUCAUCCUGGGACUGAUGAUGCCACCAGUAGAGUAUGACGCUUUCUGUCUGCAUGAGGCCAUGAAAGGCCUGGGCACUGAUGAGACAACUCUGAUUGGUAUCAUCACCGCCAAGUCCACAGCUGACCUAAAAGAAAUCAAAGCAGUUUACAAAAAAGUGUACAAGCAGGACUUGGAGAAAGAUGUGAGCAAAGAUACCAGCGGAGAGUUCAGGGAGCUUCUUGUCCAGCUGUUGAAUGGUCAGAGAGAGGAAGGUUCGGACGUUAACAAGGACCAGGCAGAGGAGGAGGCCAGGACCCUACGUGAUAAACCAUCUAAAGAGAAAGUUCGGGAGAUAUUAGCUAAGAGAAGUCCAGCCCAGGUCAAGGCCACAGGAGAAGCACAUCAGAAACUGUUUGGGGAAAGCAUCACAGAAUCAAUCAGAAAAGCCUGCUCCGGAGAUGCAGAGAUGGCGUACCUUGCUUUAGUGAAGUCAGCAGAAGAUGAGGUGACAUUCUAUGCAGAGAGACUGAACAGCUCCAUGGAGGGAAAGGGAACCAAUGAGACUCAGCUCAGCAGAAUUCUUGUUGCUCAGUCUGAGAUGAAUCUACCUACGAUCAUGAGCAAAUACGAGAAGUUGUACAGUCGCAAGCUUCGAGGAGACAUUGACAAAGAAACAAGUGGAGACUACAAGAAAGCACUUCUAGCUAUCCUAGAUAGCUCUGGGGCCAAUACCUCAAAAGACAAGAAAAAAUCUGAUGAGAGUAAAACUACCAAGGAAAAUAAAGACAAAGAUAACAAAAAAGAUGAAGAAGACGCAAUAAAGAUAUUUCAAGCUAUGGAUGGCCUUGGAACAAAUGAAGAUGUGAUAAUUGGUAUCAUUACAAGGAGAUCGAACAGUGAAAGACAAGACUUGAAGUCAAAAUACCAGGAUCUUUACAAAAAGGAUCUUACAAGUGAACUCAAGUCCGAGCUUAGCGGCGACCUGGAAGAAACCAUCCUGGGACUGAUGAUGAAACCAGUUGAGUACGAUGCCCAUUGUUUACACGAGUCAGUCAAAGGCAUGGGGACAGACGAGACGAUCCUAAUAGGCAUCCUGUGUUCUCACACUCCUCCUCAACUUGCAGACAUAAAAAAAUCUUACAAAAAAGCGUAUAGGUCAGAAGUGUCUGAGGAUAUCCGUAAGGACACAAGUGGAGACUUCCAGCAGCUGCUGCUUCAGUUGCUCAACAACCAAGGAGAUUCCAAUGUCCAGGCCGACAAAAAGAAGGCUGAAACAGAUGCCAAGAAGUUACAUGAUGAACCAUCAGCUCAAAGUUUGAAGGAAGCUCUCUCAAAUGGCAACAAGAAACAAAUCAGUGCUGUUGCUGAGGCCCACAAGAAGCUCUUUAAAGAAGACAUCACAGAAUCUAUCAAGAAAGCGAGCAGUGGUGACACUGAGAAUGCUUACCUUGCCUUAGUGAAAGCUUCAGAUGAUGAGCCCACGUUUUAUGCGGAGAGGCUAAAUCAAGCUAUGAAAGGAGUGGGCACCAAUGACACACUGCUGAUAAGGACUGUCGUCUCCCGUUCUGAGGUGGAUCUCCCAGCAAUCAAGAGCAAAUACCAACAACUCUACAAACGCUCUCUCAGACAAGACAUUGAGAGCGAUACCUCAGGCGACUACAAGAAUACGUUGCUCAAAAUCGUUGACAAAAAGUGAACACUAGAGAUGUUUUGUGGGUUUAUCACUGCUGAUACCUCUUUAUAAUGGAAGCUUUUUAUUGAAUUAUAUUAUACCGAUAUAUAUAUUGUGAAGCAGUAUUAUAUGUUUGAUAACUAUUUUGCCUAAGACAAUGUUUCAAUAUUUUAAUCAAAGUAGAACAGCAAUAGGAUCGGUUGCAAUGUUGACAACACAAUGGUCCCUAUGAUCAAGAUUCUCUCCGGAUCAAAUAGAACUUAUCAGUACCUCAGAAUUUUGGCUUGAAGAAGUCCUGCUGCUGGAACUAAUGUAUGUACACCCAGUCCGCACAGGAUACAAUCUGUAAAGGUCAUAGAUUCACAGAUAUACCCGGCAUUUGUUGACAAUUGAGAAGUCUCAACAUCGCUUGAAGUAUAAAAUUCAACCCUUACUUUAGGACACUUUGUCAUAUAUGUCAGUUAUAUUGUGCAAGUAUGGUAUUUCAAAAGAAGGGACAACACUGUAACUGUAUAUUGUACUGAUUUCAAAACUCCCAGCUCAGUAUUAUCAACACUCAUAUAAGCAGUUAACCAUUCAUCUAAGGAAAUUCUUAACACUUAACAAUUGUGUAUUUCACAACACAAAAUUAUGUUUCCUUCAUAAAGGCUGUUUCCUUCAUAAAGGCUAGCUCUUUAGUGUAGACCAACAACUGAUUUCCAUCUUAAAUUGUUGUUCACCUGAUAAACUGAACAUUAUAACAGUAUUUGUAUU